UGAUUAGGUGAGAGUUUUGGUGUUCAUAUUUAUUAUUCCGUACAAGUCCAGUGACUGACUCGGUCUUGUUGUUGGUUCGUCUUUUCCCUCCCCAAAACCCAAUCGAUUCGAUUCGAUCUGCACUGUGGAAUGGCGAGGAGUAGAUCGUCUUCCACUGUAUGGCGUUACAUAAAUCCGGCUUACUAUUUGAAACGACCUAAGCGCCUUGCCUUGCUCUUCAUUGUUUUCGUUUUUGCAACCUUCUUCUUUUGGGAUCGACAAACUUUACUCCGUGAUCACGAGGAAGAGAUCUCUAAGUUGAAUGAAGAAGUGAUACACUUGCGGAAUCUGCUGGAAGAAUUGAAGAAUGGUGGAGACAUAUCAAUUUCAAAAAAGAAAUAUAGUGGUGAAGGUGGUCAGGCGGUGAAGAAUAUGGACUCACCAGAUAAUAUCCUCGAUGCUCAGCGAAGAGAGAGAGUAAAAGAUGCUAUGCUUCAUGCUUGGAGCUCUUACGAAAAAUAUGCAUGGGGCCAUGAUGAACUACAGCCGCAAACAAAGAAUGGUGUUGACAGUUUUGGUGGUCUUGGAGCAACCUUGAUAGAUUCUCUUGACACACUAUAUAUUAUGGGCUUGGAUGAGCAGUUUCAGAGAGCUAGAAAAUGGGUUGCAAACUCCUUGGAUUUCAACAAGAACUAUGAUGCAAGUGUUUUUGAGACAACCAUAAGGGUUGUAGGUGGGCUUCUUAGUACGUAUGAUCUAUCUGGUGAUAAACUUUUCCUUGAUAAGGCUCAAGACAUUGCUGACAGAUUGUUGCCUGCAUGGAAUACCGAAUCUGGCAUCCCUUACAACAUUAUCAACUUGGCUCAUGGGAAUCCACAUAACCCUGGGUGGACAGGGGGUGAUAGUAUCCUGGCAGAUUCUGGUACUGAGCAGCUUGAGUUUAUUGCUCUUUCACAGAGGACAGGAGACCGAAAAUAUCAACAAAAGGUGGAGAAUGUCAUCUUAGAACUUAACAGAACUUUUCCAGAUGAUGGUUUGCUUCCGAUAUACAUUAAUCCACAUAAAGGCACAACAUCAUACUCAACUAUAACAUUUGGAGCUAUGGGUGACAGCUUUUAUGAAUAUUUACUCAAGGUCUGGAUACAAGGAAACAGAACUGCUGCUGUGAGUCAUUAUAGGAAAAUGUGGGAGACAUCAAUGAAAGGUCUUCAAAGCUUGGUCCGGAGGACGACCCCUUCGUCUUUUGCGUAUCUUGGUGAGAAGAUGGGAAGUUCUGUAAAUGACAAGAUGGAUGAACUUGCAUGCUUUGCUCCUGGAAUGUUAGCUUUAGGAUCAUCUGGUUAUAGCCCUGAUGAGGCUCAGAAGUUCUUAUCACUGGCUGAGGAGCUUGCUUGGACUUGCUAUAACUUUUACCAGUCAACACCUACAAAAUUGGCAGGAGAGAACUAUUUUUUUAAUGACGGCCAAGAUAUGAGUGUGGGCACAUCAUGGAACAUAUUAAGGCCAGAGACAGUUGAGUCACUGUUUUACCUCUGGCGUUUAACAGGAAACAAGACAUACCAAGAGUGGGGUUGGAACAUAUUUCAAGCAUUUGAAAAGAACUCAAGGGUAGAGUCUGGAUAUGUUGGACUUAAAGAUGUAAACACUGGUGUCAAAGACAAUAUGAUGCAAAGCUUCUUUCUUGCGGAGACUCUUAAAUAUCUGUAUCUUCUUUUCUCUCCAUCAUCAGUUAUCUCCCUUGAUGAGUGGGUUUUCAAUACAGAAGCGCACCCCAUAAAAAUUGUUACUCGGAAUGAUCGGGCAGUGAGUUCUGGAAGGUCAGGUGGAAGCGAAGAAUCAGAUAGGCAGUUGCGAACCAGGAAAGAAGGUCGAUUUCGAGUUCAUCAUUAAUGAUUAAUUAUAAUGGGAUCCACUCACCAAGAAAGUGCUAACUAGCCUCUCUCCUAUGAGGUGAAGGAAGGAUGUGCACUACUCUGUUAAUUCCAGAUUGGGUGGAUGUAUUGCUAUACUUUGUAGUUUAUAAAAGAUAAUGCUCUAACAUGGAGCAGUAGUAACUGUAUGUAGCAUAGCAAAUUUAGGUUCGCCUCUUAAAUUGGGGUGUACCUUUUUCCUUUUGGCUGCCAGCUCUGCAUUUUUGGGCUAGAUGAGAAACUUGCUACUCUGACAGGGAGUUAGUUAUCUCUUAUACGUAUGUGUAUUUGUGAAUGUGAUACUUCUGCGACACAAUAUAUAGUUACAACAUGUCUCGGGUAGAAGUUCAAUGAUUAGACAAUUUAAAGGA